GGAAGGCGGGUGUUUUAAAGUGUGGAAUUACAGCUUCGUCAAAUUGUAAUCUUAAUCGAGCCUUCUGUUUUAUUACGACUAUUUAUAGUUUUGUUUCUAAGACAUCAUGGCUGAUAGUGUAAGAUCCUGCAGUAAUAACACAUCAUCUACUGAAGUGACUGGUGGCUAUGAUGCUGAGUUUGAGCCAGCACUCGACCCCAAGUACAUUUGCCCUGUGUGUUUAGCAGCACUGCGUUCACCACUACAAACCAAGUGUGGCCAUCGAUUCUGCAAAAUGUGCAUGCAGAAAAUAAUCGGUCCUCGUCCAUACACCAAGUGCCCAGUGGACAAAACCUGGCUAAAUGUCAAAAGUGAUAUAUUUGACGAUGUUGCGUUUGAGAGGGAAAUCUUGUCUAUGACGGUUCUUUGUAGUAAUGUAAGAAGUGGCUGUGAGUGGAGAGGUGAUCUAAGAAACCUACAGAGUCACAGUGAUACCUGUCUAUUUGCAAAGCUUGUAUGUCCCAAUGGAUGUGAAGAGCAAUACCUGAGAGGAAAGAAUGAGGAGCAUCUAGGAGAUUGCCCGCUGCAUCUAUUGGAUUGUACUCAUUGCAGCGAGUCAUUCAUCAGGAAGGAUGAAAUGAAUCAUAAACUGAUACAUUGUCCUAAAUAUCCCAUUGAGUGUGCUGAAUGUGGACAUGGAGGAAUACUCAGAGAACAGAUGGCCAAGCACAUUGAUGUUGAGGAGGGUGACUGUCCCAGCAGUGUUGUUCCUUGUACAUUCAAAGCUGUAGGAUGCGACCAAAAGAUCAAGCGCUGUGACCUUCCUGCGCAUAACAAAGAUGAGUUAUCCAAUCAUUUACACCUUGUCUUGGCCCAAAGUUUUACCUACAAAGCACAGCUGAAGGAACAAUCUGAGGCAAUGGAAGUGUGUCAAGAACAGUGUCAUCAACUCAAGUCGAGCUUUGAACAACUCAACAGAAAUCUGAACGAGAAAGACAAACUUCUGAAUCAACAAGUGGAACGAAUCAGCCAUCUUGAGAAUACCAACUACAACGGACAUCUUCACUGGAAAAUAGAUCUGAAAUCCCACAUGUGUAGAAACAACUCAACAACCUGUAUCAUCAGCCCAGCCUUCUACACCAGCCAACCUGGCUACAAGCUCUGUGCCCGCCUAGAAACGGACGGCCAUGUGACCAGAAACUCAACGUACACCUCAUUGUUUAUUGUGUUGCAGAAGGGCGACUAUGACGACCAGUUGCAUUUUCCGUUUAGCACCACAUGCAAAGUGACAUUAUUUGAUCAGGUUAAGAACACACAUGAGCGUUCCGACUUCACAACUAUCAUUACAUGCAGCAAUAUGAGUCGUGCUGGAAUGGGAAACACUCGAGAUCAGUUCAGGGGACGUCUGAAGUUUAUGCAGACAGACUUGUUGACUAGCAGUCGAUUCUGUAAUGAUGGGGUAGUGUUUGUGCAGAUUAAUGUAGAAUUCACGCCAUUAUAAUUUGCCAUUUACUGCAAUUUCCAUAAUUAUGAAACAAUCAAAUUUUUAAAUAUGUGCUAAUAAAAAACUUACAAACUGUGGGUUUUCUUCAAAGUCAAGGUAAGUUUAGUAAAGUUGGUAAAAAGUAUGCUGCAGUUUGCCAUUUGUAACCAACGAAGCUUGAACCAGCGCAUUUCAUUGUUUUAGUCACUCAAGAAAGCUCAUUCAAAAUGUCAUCACAGCUUUUUUGGAAUAUAUGCAUCGCUUCAGUAUUACACUCUAAUUAAGCAGCUGACAGUAUGAAUGAAUUGAGCUUAUUCUGCAGUUUCAUUGUGAGAAAGAAAACAGUUUUGUUUCCACCUUUUUUCAAUCAAGAAAUAUGAAUGAGUAUUCUUUGCAAACUUCAGCUCAGAAAUAAUUAUAUUCGCCCAAAACUCCAGGUACUCAGACAAAUUGAAGGGAUUAUUUGUUGGGUAUCGCCCAUAUAGAUCUAUGGUACCACCAUACAACCCCAGUUUAAGUAGGAUUUGAAACUUAGCAUGGUGGAAAUAUGAUAUGGAAAGGUUUGCGGUAGCACCAUGUAUAGU